AUGACUGGAAGAAGAUUAGGCAACGACCCUGCUGCUCAUGAACUGAAUAUCCUGUCCAUCAAUAUCAGAAGCCUGCGCCACAAACUGCGUGAUGUUCUGGAUCUUGCUGAAGGAACAAAAUCUGACAUACUUGUAAUUUGCGAAACAUGGCUGGACUCAUCCGUCACUCCUGGCGAUCUCCACCUCCCAGGCCAUAACUUAGAAAGGCUAGAUCGCAGCGGAAAUGUUGGUGGUGGUGUCUGCAUCUAUUGGAAAGCUGAACUCAACUGCCAACCCAGGCCUGAUCUCGUUUCUCCAGGCAUAGAAUGCUGUUGGAUUGAAGUGAAAACCAGCCAUCAGCCAUGCCUGAUUGGGAGCUUAUACCGGCCACCAGGGUGCACUGUUUCAUACUGGGACUCCUUUGAAGCCCUGCUGAGUAAAGCCUGCAGCCCAACAACGCAGACAAUACUUUGUGGAGACUUUAAUGUUGACACCAGUCGCAAUUGCAGUAAUCAUAUGCGGCUGGCUGAUAUUGCUACAAGUUAUGGACUGCAGCAGCAUGUACGCAGCCCCACUCGUAUUGGACUAAGAGGACCACCAACUACAAUUGACUUAGUAUAUAGCACAAUGGAAUGUGCUUCUCCUGCUACGAAUCAUGCUAUCUCCUUCAGCGACCACCAUGCUGUGACAACCCCUUUCAACAUGGUUCCAAUUCGAAUUCCUCCUGCAGCUCCUGCACAGACACGGAACAUCAGACGUAUCAAUAUGGACCUGUUUCGGCAAGAUAUCCAGUGUGCUAACCUGUGCUCCAUUAAGGGAACCUGUACCGAAAUGUGGACCCAGUGGCACGAGUGUCUCAUGUCACUUGUAGAUCAACAUGCACCACUCCGGCCUCGGAAGCACCGUGCCCACAAUGUCGCACCAUGGUAUACCCCGGAGCUCGCAGCGCUUGUACGCAGGCGCAACAAACUGCAUCGUAAGUGGCUGAGAACCAGACUUGAUGUGGACUACUGCAGCCUCCAGCAGAGCAGACGGGAGGUUACCCGCACUAGCCGAGCACUGAAGGAACAGCAUUACAAUGAAGCAUUUGUGAACGCUACAAGGAACCCAAGGCAGACUUGGCGUGUAUUGAAUCAGCUGAGCGAACGGCAGCCAGUCCACACUCUUCCCAAAUGCUCCCCGGAUGACAUUGGUAAUGUGUUUGCAGGCAUUGUCAAUGAUCCUCAACGUCCCCCAGCCUUGACUCUACCUCAAGGCCCCAUGUCUCCGAACAGCCUUUCAAUCUUUAAGCCUGUUACCAUUGCCCGUGUGCGUAAGCUCCUAUCGUCAAUAGCCAUGACAAAAGCUACUGGCAGUGAUGGCUUGCCCGGAACGAUUCUUAAAUCAUGCGCUGACCUUCUUGCACCCUCACUGAUGCUCAUCUUCAACAAAUCAUUGUCCGAAGGCCAGUUGCCACCGAGCAUGAAAAUCGCCAACAUCACUCCCGUCUACAAAGGUGGUGAGUAG